CACACACUUCCUGCUUUGAAACAACAGGGUGGAGCGGACUGUUCGCUGUAUUCUGCAAAGUGCACGACUUGCAUACGGACUUCCAGCUGGCCUCGACCGAAGCAUGAACGAGCUGCUCGCCUGAAGGAGCGCGCCACAGCGGCGGGGGGGAAUACAACUUUUUGGUCGCUCCAAGUUUGUGUUUCACCUGCAGAGGCAACAUGUCGGACUCAGCGUCCAGUUUCCUGCACAUCGGGGAUCUGGUGUCUCUGUACGCCGAGGGCACCGUCAAUGGCUUCAUCAGCACCCUGGGGUUGGUAGAUGAUCGCUGUGUGGUGGAACCAGCUGCUGGAGAUCUGGAGAACCCUCCCAAGAAGUUCAGAGACUGUCUCUUCAAGGUUUGCCCAAUGAGUCGCUACUCUGCCCAGAAGCAGUUCUGGAAAGCCAAACAGGCCAAACAUGAGAAAGACAAGAUUGGUGACGUGGUUCUGCUGCAAAAACUUCAGCAUGCAUCCAAUUUGGAACAGAAGCAGAAUGAGACUGAGAACAAGAAGGUUCAUGGAGAUGUGGUCAAGUAUGGAACUGUCAUACAGCUUCUGCAUAUGAAGAGCAACAAGUUUCUGACAGUAAACAAGCGUCUGCCGGCGCUUCUAGAGAAGAAUGCCAUGCGCGUCACGCUGGACGGGACCGGCAAUGAAGGCUCCUGGCUUUUCAUACAGCCUUUCUGGAAACUGCGCGCCAAUGGAGACAAUGUGGUGGUGGGAGACAAAGUGAUCUUGAACCCGGUCAAUGCCGGCCAGCCGCUUCACGCAUCCAACUACGAGCUGAGCGACCACCCGGGCUGUAAAGAGGUAAACUCUGUCAACUGCAACACCAGCUGGAAGAUCAACUUGUUCAUGAUGUUCAGUGACCACCGGGAUGAAGUACUGAAAGGCGGCGAUGUCGUGCGUUUGUUUCAUGCUGAGCAGGAAAAGUUUCUGACGUGCGAUGAGUACAAGAGCAAAAUUCACGUUUUCCUGCGCACAACCUUGAGACAGUCGGCCACAUCCGCGACCAGCUCCAAUGCACUGUGGGAAGUUGAGGUUGUCCAUCAUGACCCGUGUCGUGGAGGGGCGGGACACUGGAACAGCUUAUACCGCUUCAAACAUCUUGCCACUGGAAACUACCUGGCAGCAGAGGAGAAUCCUGGUUACCGAGGUGAUAGUGCAGAGAUGUCUUCCAUGACAGAAGGCAAUCGCGGCAGCAAGCGCUCACACGGCGAGAGGAUCAAGUACAAGCUGGUGGCCAUGACACAUGGCAAUGACAUUGCUUCGCUCUUUGAACUGGACCCAACCACGCUACAGAAGACCGACUCCUUUGUACCGCGGAACUCGUAUGUUCGCCUGAGGCACCUGUGCACCAACACUUGGAUCCAGAGCACCAACGUCCCUAUCGAUGUUGAUGAGGAGAGACCCAUCAGACUCAUGUUAGGAACAUGUCCCACUAAAGAGGACAAGGAAGCUUUCGCUAUCGUUUCGGUUCCCGUGAUGGAGAUUCGGGAUCUAGACUUUGCCAACGACGCCAGCGCCAUGUUGAGCACAGUAGUGGACCAGUUCAGUCAGGGUUUUAUCAGCCAGAACGACCGCCGCUUUGCCAUCAAACUGCUAGAGGACGUGGUCUUCUUCGUGGCAGACACCAUUAAUAGCGGCCAGCCAGUGUUGGAUGUCACUAUGACCACAGUUAACCGUGAGAGGCAGAAGCUGAUGAGGGAGCAAAACAUUCUUAAGCAGAUCUUUGGCAUUCUCAAGGUCCCUUUCAAAGACCGCAAGGGAGAGGGGCCUCUGCUCCGUCUGGAGGAGCUAGCUGACCAGAAGAACUCCCCCUACCAGUACAUGUUCCGACUCUGCUACCGCGUACUUAGACAUUCUCAGGAGGACUACCGUAAGAAUCAGGAGCACAUCGCCAAGCAGUUUGGCCUAAUGCAGAGCCAGAUUGGUUAUGACAUUCUUGCGGAGGACACCAUUACCGCAUUACUGCACAACAACCGCAAGCUGCUUGAAAAGCACAUCACUAAAACCGAGGUGGAGACCUUCGUCAGCCUAGUCCGCAAGAACCGUGAGCCCCGGUUUCUGGACUACCUAUCAGACUUGUGCGUUUCCAACAACGUUGCCAUCCCUGUCACUCAGGAACUCAUUUGCAAGUGUGUGCUAGAGCCCAAAAACCAGGACAUUCUUAUCAAGACCGAGCGUAGGAUGCCCAAAGAAGUAGCGCCUAGUGAAAUCCCCACGCAGUAUAUGGGAAUGGACGACUACGUAGAUGAAGACGAGGUGUGGCUGGUAUGGUCUGACAAGACCAAUGAGAAGCAGGAAAAGAGCAUAAGACAGCUCGCUCAGGAGGCUCGACAAGGCAAUGCCCAUGACGAGAAUGUUCUUACCUAUUACAGGUACCAGCUGAAGCUUUUUGCAAGGAUGUGUUUGGAUCGUCAAUACCUGGCCAUCGACGAGAUCUCAAAGCAACUAGAUGUGGAGCUCAUCUUCCUGUGCAUGAUGGACGAGACGUUGCCCUUCGACCUGAGGGCGUCGUUCUGUCGCCUCAUGCUGCACGCCCACGUUGACCGAGACCCACAGGAACUAGUAACGCCUGUCAAGUUUGCUCGACUUUGGACUGAGAUCCCCACCUCCAUCACUAUCAAGGACUAUGACUCCAACAUGGAUGACAGCAGAGACAACAAGAAGAACCGCUUUGCCAACACCAUGGCCUUCAUGGAGGAGUAUCUCAAUAAUGUACUGAACGAGGAGCUGCCCUUUCACAAUAAGGAAAAGAACAAGCUGACCUAUGAGGUGGUGAGCUUAGCCCGACAUCUCAUCUACUUCGGCUUCUACAGCUUCUUUGAGCUGCUGCGCCUGACCAGAACGCUGCUAGGCAUCAUCGACUGCGGGCCUAACCCUUCGCAAGGUGCCGCGGUAUUCCAUGACGACGGAUCAGGGAAGAAUGUGAAACGCUCCAUCCAUGGCAUGGGCCAGAUGAUGACAACCAUGGUUCUCAGUAGGAAGCAGUCCUUAUUUGGUGGGCCGGGGGCCCGGGGGUCGGCACUUGAUGGACAGCGAGAGGCGAAAGACAGCAUUGACAAGAUGGACCUGACCGUCAUGGACACAAAGCUGAAGAUUUUGGAAAUCCUGCAGUUCAUCUUGAAUGUACGUCUGGACUAUCGUCUAUCCUUCCUGCUGUCCGUCUUCAAGAAGGAGUUUGUGGAUGUCUACCCGUUGGCCAAUGCAGAAUCCACCACCAGUAUGGAGCAUGCAGCCUCCAUCAAUUUACAGCACAUUGGAGAGCAGGCCGAAGCCAUGUUUGGAGUCGGGAAAGGGAACAGCAUUCUAGAGGUGGACGACGAAGGCGGCCGUAUGUUCCUGCGUGUCCUUAUCCACCUCACUAUGCACGAGUAUGCGCCGCUGGUCUCAGGAGCGCUGCAGCUGCUCUUCAGACACUUCAGCCAGAGGCAGGAAGUGCUGCACACCUUCAAGCAGGUCCAGCUACUCAUCUCGUCUCAGGAUGUGGAGAACUAUAAACUGAUCAAAUCGGACCUGGACCGUCUGAGGACAUUAGUAGAAAAGUCUGAGCUAUGGGUGGAAAAGAAAACCUCUGGAGGUGGAGAUGGCAAGAAGGACAAGAAAGAGAAGAAAGAGAAAGUGGAGGGCGCAGUGGAGGACAGCGCCCCCAAGAAGGAGAAAGGGGACAAGAACAACCAGAACUAUCAGAACGUCAAAGAGAUCUUGGAAAGGCUGAACAAGAUGUGCAGCAGUGGUGUGUGGAAGAAGCAGCAGAGGUUGCUAAAAAACAUGGGUGCUCAUAAAGUCAUGCUGGACUUGCUGCAAGUUUCCUACGACAAGAAUGACGUGAAGAUGCAAGAGAUAAUUAGACACACACACCUGUUCCUGCAGAAGUUUUGCACAGGCAACCAGGAGAACCAGGUUCUGCUGCACAAGAACCUCAGUUUGUUCCUCAAUCCAGGUCUGCUAGAGGCAGAGACUGUCCAACACAUCUUUAGCAACAACUACCAGCUAUGCACAGAGAUCUCUGAAAGUGUCCUGCAGCACUUCAUCCACUGUUUGGCCACGCAUGGACGUCACAUCCACUACCUCAACUUUCUACACACUAUCAUCAAGGCUGAGGGCAAGUACGUCAAGAAGUGCCAGGACAUGAUCAUGACCGAGUUGACCAAUGCCGGCGAGGAUGUAGUUGUCUUCUACAACGACAAGGAGUCCUUCAAUGUGAUGCUGGAGCUGAUGACUGAAAGCAGAGAGGGCAUUGGUGAAAACAGUCCGCUCAGGUACCACAUCUCAUUGGUGGAACUACUGGCGGCAUGCGCUGAGGGUAAGAACGUCUACACAGAGAUCAAGUGCACGUCAUUGCUGCCGCUGGAAGACGUCAUCCGUGUGGUUACGCACGAGGACUGCAUCACUGAGGUGAAAAUCGCCUACGUCAACUUUGUCAAUCACUGCUAUGUAGACACAGAAGUGGAGAUGAAGGAGAUCUACACAUCUAACCACAUUUGGAAGCUUUUUGAGGACUUUACAGUUGACAUGGCCCGAGUUUGCAACAAGCGGGACAAGCGUCUUUCUGAUCCUGUCUUGGAGAAGUACAUGGUCAAUGUGGUCUUUGACACGAUAAACGCCUUCUUUAGCUCACCCUUCUCCGAGAACAGCACCUCGCUGCAGAGUCAUCACACCAUCGUCACGCAGCUGCUGCAGUCAUCUGUGCGACUGCUGGACUGUCCCUGGUUGCAGCAGCAGCACCGAAGCCAAGUGGAGACCUGCAUCAAGACCCUUGCAGUGACAGCCAAGACUCGCUCCAUUGCGCUUCCUCUGGAUCUAGAGGCUCAGAUCAGUGCCAUGUUGUCCACCAGCGCUCUUAACUCGCUAUCACGGUCAAGCACCAGCUACAAAUCAUCAUCGCGCUCAAUACGUCCAGUCCAACCCCUCAACCCCUGGGACUAUAAGAAUAUCAUUGAGAAACUGCAGGACGUCAUCAAUACGUUGGAGGAGCGCCUCAAACCGCUUGUCAACGCUGAGCUGUCUGUCUUGGUUGAUGUUCUCCACCAGCCAGAGCUUCUCUUUCUGGAGGGAACAGACGCACGCCAGCGUUGCGAGUCUGGUGGAUUCAUCUCCAAGCUGAUCCAGCACACAAAGGCUCUGAUGUCCACCGAGGAGAAGUUGUGCAUCAAAGUUCUGAGAACACUGCAGGAAAUGUUGAUCAGAACACUGGACUUUGAAGAAAAGGGAAUUUUACUGCGGAAGGUUUUGCUGCAAAACUACUUGUUUCCAAACAAGAAAAACAACCCAAAGAAUGAACUGGCAGAACUCGGGGCGGCAGGCGGUGAGCAAGAGCGCGAUUGGGCGUCGGUGGCGUCGGUCCAGUGUCGUCUGGACCGAGAAGGCGGCAGCCAACUUUUCAUAGACCUGGUGAUGAGCACCAAGAAUGACAAGAUCUUCCAAGAGAGUAUCCAAUUGGCCAUCAGUCUGCUGGAAGGGGGAAACACAGAGAUACAGAACUCCUUCUACAAGCUGAUGAUGGGGGACAAUAACUCCGAGAAGUUCUUUAAAGUUCUUCACGACAGGAUGAAAGAGGCACAAAUGGACAUCAAAGCAACAGUUUCAGUUAAUGUUGGAGAGAUGACACACAAAGCCAAUGAGAAGGAGCUGGAUAAUGGGUCAUCUUCAACACUUGGACUUUCUACCACCGACGGAAAUUCUCUCUUGGGGCAGAGCCAAGGUGGUGCCUCUUCCUCCCCACAGGCUCAGUCAGCAGAGGAGCAAAAGGAGCUGGAGACAGAGAUGGGCCCAGCCGUCCUCAUUAUGAAGCCCAUCCUGAGGUUCCUGCAGCUUCUCUGUGAGAACCACAACCAGGAUCUCCAAAACUUUCUGCGGUGCCAGAACAACAAGACCAACUACAACUUAGUGUGUGAGACAUUGCAGUUCUUGGACAUCAUGUGUGGAAGCACCACAGGCGGCCUGGGCUUGCUUGGCCUCUACAUCAAUGAGUCAAACGUUGACCUCAUUACGCAGACCCUGGAGACACUCACAGAGUACUGUCAAGGCCCUUGUCAGGAGAACCAGACCUGCAUCGUGACCCAUGAAUGCAACGGCAUCGACAUCAUCACGGCGCUCAUCCUCAACGACAUCAGCCCACUCUGUCGAUACAGGAUGGAGAUGGUGCUGCAGCUCAAGGACAAUGCCUCCAAGCUGUUGCUUGCGCUCAUGGAAAGUCGCCAUGACAGUGAGAACGCAGAGAGGAUAUUGUUCAACCUCCGCCCCCGAGAACUGGUGGACGUGAUUAAGAAGGCCUACCAUCAGGAGAGUGAGUGCGAGGGUGGGGAGGUGUCACCACGAGAGGUUGGGCACAACAUCUACAUACUGGCACUGCAGCUGGCCAGGCACAACAAGGUGUUGCAGAACAUUCUUAAGCCUCCAAAGAAAAGCAAGGAGGGCGAAGAAGGCAUCUCCUCCAUGUUAAACUUGAACAAUCGUCCACUGUCGCAAAUGUUAAAGUCUUCAAUACCGACGGCUGUUGUGGAACAAGACCCACUGGAGUACUAUGACCAGCUCACUGCUCAAAUUGAGAUCGUGCGUGACGAUCGUAGCAUGGAGCAGAUUGUGUUUCCCGUGCAUCCCAUCUGUGAGUUCCUGACAGAGGAGUCCAAGUUGCGUGUGUUCAACACAACGGAGCAAGAUGAGCAGGGCUCCAAGGUGACGCACUUCUUUGAACAGACAUCCUUCCUGCACGGAGAGAUGGAAUGGCAAAAGAAGCUGCGGAGUAUGCCAGUGCUGUACUGGUUCUCUGGGAAGAUGACGUUGUGGGGGACCAUCUCCUUCAACCUAGCUGUCUUCAUCAACCUCAUCAUUGCCUUUUUCUACCCAUAUGACUCAGGAGAAGCGGGAGCCAUCGAUGACUCUCUGCUGCUGAUGUUGUUUUGGGUUCUGAUCGGGCUCUCCGUGCUGGCCUUGCUCUCCCAGCGCUAUGGCCUCCAGCCACUGACUUUGGCGCUCAUCCUGAGGUCCAUUUAUCACCUGGGUAUUGGAAACACACUGAUUCUUCUGGGCGCAUUGAAUCUGAUCAACAAGGUAGUGUUUGUAGUGAGCUUUGUAGGCAACAAUGGGACGUUCAUCAUGGGCUACAAGGCCAUGGUAAUGGACGUAGAGUUCCUGUAUCAUCUGGCGUAUGUGCUCACUUCCACACUGGGCCUCUUUGUGCAUGAACUUUUCUACAGCAUCCUGCUCUUUGACCUGAUUUACCGUGAGGAGACCUUGUUCAACGUGAUCAAAAGCGUGACACGCAACGGACGCUCCAUUUUGCUGACUGCCCUGCUCGCUCUCAUCCUUGUCUAUCUUUUCUCCAUUGUGGGCUUCCUGUGCCUCAAGGAAGACUUCAUCAUGGAGGUCGACCCACUGCCACAGAUUGCCCCAUCUCCUCAGCAAAGCGAGUCAUGUUCUGCAGAUGGCAUCCACUGUGUGGGGGAGAAUGAUGCUGCAGCUGAGAGCGAGGAUGAUGACGAAUCGAACAGCGAGCGCGCUUGCGACACUCUGCUGAUGUGCAUCGUCACUGUGUUGAAUCAUGGCCUGAGAAAUGGCGGUGGCGUGGGAGAUGUCCUUCGCCAGCCUUCCAAGAACGAGCCACUAUUCCCUGCCCGCGUGGUCUAUGACUUGCUCUUCUACUUUAUUGUGAUCAUCAUUGUCCUCAACCUUAUCUUCGGUGUCAUCAUUGACACUUUUGCUGACCUGAGGAGCGAGAAGCAGAAGAAGGAGGAGAUCCUUAAAACCACGUGCUUCAUAUGCUGUCUGGAGCGUGACAAGUUUGACAACAAGACAGUUUCAUUCGAGGAGCACAUUAAGUUUGAGCACAACAUCUGGAAUUACUUAUACUUUAUUGUUCUGGUGCGUGAGAAGAACAAGACAGACUACACAGGACCUGAGAGCUAUGUGGCCCUGAUGAUCAAGAACAACAACCUGGACUGGUUCCCCCGCAUGCAGGCCAUGUCGCUGGUUGUCACUGACAGCGAUGGCGAGCAAAACGAGAUGAGGAUGUUGCAGGACAAGCUUGGUUCCACCAUGAAAGUGGUGUUGACGCUCACCACACAGCUUACAGAGCUCAGAGAGCAGAUGACGGAGCAGAGGAAGAGGAGGCAAAGGAUGGGUUUUGUGGACGUCCAGCAGGGCAGCAAUGCUUCGCUUCCUCCCAGCGCCGCCGGAGGGAACCACCAACAGAUGUGAAGAAUUAGGAAACAAUAAAUUAUCGUAAAUACAGUGAUCCCUCCUUUUUUGCGGUUAAUGGGGACCAGAACCCCUUGCAAAAAGUGAAAACCCGCGAAGUAGGGUUUAAUUACAGGACCUGCGUGAUGCAUGGAAGAACUUCGCACACCUCCUGGAUGUUGUUUAGGUCCACUCAUGAGCAAAGAGAGCAUGUCGUGGACCUAUGAUGCCUCAUUUGUGGUUAAAGAAGUUGUUAAAGAAGAUGUUGGAGGUUUGUAGAAGGCUUUAGGUGCUCUCAAAGCGGGUAACAAUUUCAAAAAGUACCACUGAAAAUGACCCUGGGGAUCCAGGAGGUGUUUGGAGGCGAUAAGAGUACUCCAUUUGUGGGUAAAAGAGUUUGAAACCUGUCGUCAGGUAUGGAACGUUUGUCGCGAGCUUUGGGUAUUUUCAAAGCAGGGAAAAUGGAAAAAAGUAAUGCUAAAUAUUCCCUUCGGAAGGCCAGAAGGUGUUUAGCGGGGAUAGAGAGCUCCAUUUUUGGUUAAAAAAAAGGUUUGGGUGCUCUCAAAGUAGGUAAAAACUAAGUACAGCUCAAAAUGACCCGGGAAGUCUUAUUGAAAUUCCUCCGUGAGACUGAAGAUAGAAGAAAAGAGGCUGGGCGAAGCUGUGGUGUGUGCAGCCAAUCAGCUCAUGAGAUAAAUCCACACCAACUUGUUCUAUGGUUUACCAAGCCGCAUAAGGGAGGCUGCGAUGGUACGCAACCAAUUAGCUCAUGAGAUAAAGCCACAUUUAUUGGUGGACUCGUCCGUCGAUUAUAAUGGGGGAGGCUGUGAUAGUGCACAACCAAUCAACACACGGGAUAAAGCUACUCUUAUUAGUGGUCUCAUUGGUUGGAGAGGCUGCAGUGGUGCUCUAAUAAGUCAGUCUCACAGCAAGAACCAAACACACCUUGUAUGAGUGCCCGUGGCUAUGUACAAAGCCCAAGGGGUCAUGUCUACCUUGCUGCAAAACAAUGUCUCCUCUGCCUCAAAAUGAAACCACGCAUAGUUUUUCAGUUUUAUUUUUUGACUUAUACUUUUUAAAACCCCGCGAUGCACUGAAUCAGCGAAACGUGAACCACGAAGUUGCGAGGGAUCACUGUAUGUACUGUAUGUCAAGGUAAAACAAAGAUAAGGUAAACAAAGAAAGCUCCCGUAAAAGAAAGAAAAUACAAAAGCUACCGAAAACUGAAACAUUUCACGGAGGUUUUCUUUUGAAAAAUGUUUUUCACCAUAAUAUUUAUGCUUUUAACACUCAUUAACCACACCUAAAUUAUUUUAUUUUCAUUUAUUAAGUUAAUAAGUUAUAUGUUGUCAUGGAUGUCAAUGGAUUGCAAUAAAAGGAGAAAGUCCAAGAUUAAAAAGCUGAAAAAUGACUUGAAAAGUUUCUCUCAAUAUACUAUGCGCCUCACUACUGUGAUUUAUACUCUCUUGUGGUGUUUUGCAAUAGUCUAGUGUUAAACAAUGCACUAUGACACACACUUACAAGGUACACUGAACUGUUGUAUAGUGAAAUGCAAUACACUGUAUUAUUGUAAUGUUAUGCUACAGUCAUCGCAGACUGUAUUAAAAGUCCCUGUAAAGCAAAAUACAUGUUUUCUAACUUUGGCAAGACAGUUUUAUUAAGACGGUAGACAUUUUGAACGACUAAAAUAAUCAAAGUGUAAAAAAUAAUCCUGAAAACUAAUAAAUACAGAGAUAAAAGUUUCAAAAUCAAGCCCUUAUCUAUGUACACAAACGCUCUGGGCGUGCCGCUGAGUUUGCUAAAAGUGACUGUUGAUCGCUCAAUUAUCAAUCUAAUAUCACUGUGACCUGAAAAAAGGAUGUGACAUUGUGAAGCAACUUUCUUAUGCCUACACAUCCCGACAUGUUUGAACUAACAGUGCCAAAAUCCAAUUCCAAGACUGACCUGACAAUCAACCUCCUUCCUCGAUGACAGAAUUUUUUUUUUCACCUGCCUUUUAUAAAUGAAAGAUGUGUAUUAGUCUAACACUGGUGUCCAUAAAUUGUGGCCUCAGAGCUGCAUGUGGCUCUUUCGUCCUUCUGCUGUGCCUUUGGAA